AUGGGUUACUCAGGAAUAGAUAUUAAAGAAAUAAAUGUUAAAAGAAAGAAUAGUGUCUAUUUCGACAAUGUCGAUGUAUGUAACAUUUUAAAAGAAAAUAAUACUUAUAAGAAAAAAAAACAUAUUUCAAUUAAUAUAAAUAGAAAAUGUGCAAGUUAUAAUAAUAUUUAUUACAUCAAUAAUGAUCCAGGAUUAGGAAAAAAUAUAAGCUAUUAUCAAAAUAAAGACAAUAUGCAAUUAAAACACUUUUUCAAUUCUAAUAAAAAUGUAAAUGAUUCAAAUAAAAUAAAUAUUCAUGACAACAAGAUAAAAACUACACAAUCAUAUUCUUAUUAUGAGCCCUUGAGGUAUCCUGCAUUUAAAAUGUCCGAUAAAAUUAAAUCCGAAACGAAUGAAUUAAAGAAAUUGGACACAAAAAAAGAUAUCCAUAUGAAAGAUAUUCAUCCUAAAAAUUAUAAUAUUAGUAAAAAUGAUGACUUUGAUAAUAAUAAUAUUGAUAAUAAUAAUAAUAAUAAUGAUAUUAAUAAUAAUAAUAAUAAUGAUAUUAAUAAUAAUAGCAAUAAUAAUAAUAAUAUUAAAUGCGUGUCGAAUCGUUCAACCAGUAACAAACACAUCGAUAGAAGAAAUAUGUGUAUUUUUCAUAACAAAAUAAAUAAAAAAGAAAAAAAUAUAAACGACCAAGGAGAAAAAAAUGAACACUCUAAAAAUGACCAUAAACAUUUUGGUAAUCAUAUUCUAAAGGAUGUUAAAAAUAAAAAAAAAAGUAACAAUAUAAUCUCCCAGCUAUAUGAAGAAAAUAAAAAUAAUAUAAAUAUUAAUAGUAAAAAUGGUAACUCCGCUAAUUUUGAACAUGAACAUGUUCAGGAAAAACCUGCACGUGUUCAUAAAAAAAAAAGAAAAAAAAAAGAAAAUAAGCUAGCUGGAAAUAAAAUAAAAAAUAAUGGAGAAAAUGAAGAAGUAAAACAAUGCAGUGUGAUAGACAUGGAGAAAAUAAAUUAUUUAGAUGAUAAAGUAAAUGGAAAUGUUGAAGAAAAAAAAAAGAAAAAAAAGAAAAACAAAAAUAAGGAUAAGGAUAAGAAAAGGGAUGAGGAAAAGGAAGGGAACAAAAACAAAGACAAGAAUAAGAAUAAGAAUAAUAAGAAAAAGAAUAAUAAGAAGAAUAAGAUUAACAAUAAUAAUAUUAAUAAAAAUAAGGAUAAGUAUAUGAGUAAAAGUAAGAGAAAAAAUAAGAAUAAAAAUGACGUAGUAGAAGAUAAUAAAAAUAAACAUUAUCUUGAAAAAAAAGAAAAUAAUAUAAAUGAGAUACCUAAAGAGGUAGUUUAUAUUCCUAUAGAAGAACGAUCUAAAAGUAUUGUAUCUUCAAGUGAUGAAGAGAAUUUAUAUUAUGAAAAACCAUAUGAAGAAGUUGAGAAUUAUUUUGAAUUUAUUGAAAAUAAGCAUUUAAUAAAUCCAAGUGAUAUAACAAAUGAAGUAAAAUUUAUAUUACAUAUGACACUAUUAACGUUAUAUAAGGAUCAAAUUAAGCCAUCUUAUGGGAAAAUAAAGAAAAGAUUAACAUGUUUUAAUGAAAAUUUGGAGAUAAAAUAUAACUUUUUAAAUAUAUAUGCUUCUUUACGUAAUGAAUAUAUAGUAGUUCGAACAAAAAGAAAUAAUAUUUUCGUUUUAUUAAGAGAAACCCCUAAAUGGUUUUUAGGAUGGGUUAAGACAAGAUGUUUUAAAAAUUCAUAUCCCAAAAAAGUAUGGAAGAAAUUAAUAGAAUAUUUUUUAAAUAUGACUAAAUCGAAUAUGAAUAAUAAUUUAUAUGUAUCUAUGUAUAUUCCAUUUAUUAAAAAGUUUUAUGAUAAAAGAUUUAUAUUUUAUUUAAAUGAAAAAGAUAAUGAAAAAAUUAAAUGUUUUGAAAAAAUAUAUAAUUUUUCUUUUUUAUCGUUUGAUAUGAAUGAACAAAAAAAAAAAAGGAACAAUUUCAACGUAUUAUUCUAUAUAUAUAAUAUGUACCAUAAUAAUUUUUCAUAUUUCUCUCAGUGUAAUGAUUAUUAUAUACAAAAUGUAGAAAAAAACUUUUUAUUAUAUUAUACUUAUAUAUUUUUUAAUUCUGAUAAAAAUGAUUUAAAUAAUAAUAAUUCAAACAUUGAUUUAUCAAAGAAGAAUUUUUUAUGUGAAGAUAAAAAUAAAGAUACUACUACUACCAAUAAUAAUAAUAAUAAUAAUAAUAAUAAUAAUAAUAAUAGUAGUAGUAAUAAUUGUAAUAAUUAUACGAGUCUUUAUGUAGAGCAUUUAUUUAAUGAAAAGAAAGAAAAUAUUUUACAAACCGAUGAAAUAAUAAAAUAUGAUAUUACAAAAAAUUUAAUAAAUGAAGAAAACAAUAUAGAUACUACCAAUAUGUUUGAUAUAUUUAAUAAUGAUAUAUAUGAAGUUGCUGACAUUUUAAAAAAAAAAAAUCUCCCCUUUUUCAAAGAUUAUUCAUUAGGUAAAAUAGCUCAUAUAAUUUAUUUAUGUUUAUAUAACGGUUUGUUAUUAGAAGAAAAUCAAAAAAUUAUUCCAGCAUGUUCUUCAAAGAACAUUAUAUCUUCCAUUUUUUAUAUAAAGAACAAGAACAGUUAUUUAUAUGAUAAUUAUUCUCAUUUAAAUCAAAAUUUUUAUUGUGAUGAUAAUAACAUUUCUACAUAUGGAUAUGAUUAUAAUGAAAGUACAUUUAUUAAUUUAAUGACGAAAGAGUAUGAUGAUAAAGUGGAUUCAUUUUUAAACGUUUACGAAAACUUUUUAAAAAAUGAAGAAGGCUUAUUUUUUUCAAAAAAAAAAAAUAAUAAAUGUGAUGUAAAUAUACGUCUUAAUAAAUGUACAGAGGAAUUCCACAUUCCUGCUAUUACGAAUUUAGAAGAAGCGAAAUUUAAAAUAGAAUGUUUAUUAAGAAGUAGUUAUAAAAAAUGUAUAUAUUUACUUUUUUUUCGAGAAAAAUUCUUAAAAAAAUAUAAACAGAAUAUUAAUCCUUUAAUUUUUGGAUACAAUAGUUUAAUUGAAUUUCUAUUUUAUGGUUGUAGAGAAGUUUGUAAAAUAUAUAUUUUAAAUAAUAAUUUAUUAAUAGUUCAUUUAAGUUAUGAUAUAGUAAAACAUAUAAAUAAUAAUAAUGAAAAAGAAAAAGACAAAGAAAAAGAAAAUGUAAUAGAAGAAUUUUAUUAUUCAGAUUACUGUUAUAAUAAAACAGAAAAUAAUAAUAACAAGUUUAAUAAUUCCUCAUUAGAAGUAUGUACUAUUAUGAAAGAUAAUGCAAAAAAAAAAAAUUCUUUUUUUAUUACUUAUUCAUAUUGGAAAUAUAUGAGCAAAAAGGAAAAACAAAAUGAUAUAUUAGAUAAUGUGUCUUUUUUAAAAGGAGAACAAAAUUAUAUUUUUUCAGAUGAUAUAUGGAAAAUAAACAAAUGUUCUUUUCUUAAAACCAAUCCUAUUCAACAGAGUGGGAAAGACAUUCCCUUAUAUUACAAAAAUAUGAAAAAAAUAAAUAUGGGCAUAUUUAAUAUGCCAAAUUUGGUACAAAUAAAUAAUUAUGAUUUUGAAUUUUUCAGUACCUGCUAA